GAGGACAUUGAGCAGGUGAUUUUAGUAGGUGGCGCCACCCGCGUCCCCAAGGUUCAGGAAGUGCUGCUCAAAGCUGUGGGGAAAGAGGAUCUGGCGAAGAACAUCAACGCAGACGAAGCAGCAGCCAUGGGAGCGGUGUACCAGGCUGCUGCCCUCAGCAAGGCCUUCAAGGUCAAACCCUUCCUGGUCCGGGACGCAGCCGUCUUCCCCAUCCAGGUGGAGUUCACCCGUGAGUCAGAGGAGGAGGGUAUCAAGACCCUUAAACACAACAAACGUAUCCUCUUCCAGAGGAUGGCGCCCUACCCCCAGCGCAAGGUCAUCACAUUCAACCGCUACAGCGAUGACUUUGCUUUCUACAUCAACUACGGCGACCUGAGCUACCUAAGUCAGGAAGACCUCAGCGUGUUUGGCAUUCUGAACCUGACCACGGUCAAGCUGUCUGGAGUAGGCAACAGCUUCCAGAAGAAUGCAGACGCAGAGUCCAAAGGCAUCAAAGCCCAUUUCAACAUGGAUGAGAGCGGGGUGCUGCUGCUGGACCGGGUGGAGUCUGUGUUUGAAACUAUUGUGGAGGAGAAAGAGGAGGAAUCGACAUUAACUAAACUGGGAAACACUAUUUCCACCUUGUUUGGAGGAGGAUCCUCAGAACCUGCCGCAAAUGUGACAGAACCUGUCCAGGACGAGGAGGAAGUGCCUCCAGAGUCUGACAAGGACAAGGAGGGCAAGGAGGGCAAGGAGGACGAGGCCGAGGGCAAGGAGGACGAGGCCGAGGGCAAGGAGGACGAGGCCGAGGAGAAGCAGGACAACUCAGAGAAGAGUUCCGCUGAAGAGAAAGGUCAGGAGAAGACAGAGGAGGCGAGCAGCCAGACUGAUGCUCCGGAUGGAGAGAAAGCUGAGAACACGGAGGCAGAGAAGGAAGCUGAGAGGAAGGCAAAACCUCAGAAAAAGAGCAAAAUCUCUGAAGACGUCACAGCGGAACUCAUCACCAACGACAUCCUCGACCCUACUGCAGAGGAUGUAGCCUCCUCUAAGAAGAAGUUGCAGGAUCUGACAGACAGAGACCUGGCCAAACAGGAGAGGGAGAAGUCCCUCAACAGUCUAGAAGCUUUUAUCUUUGAGACACAGGACAAGCUGUACCAGGACGAUUACCAGCUGGUGGUGACGGAGGAGGAGAAGGAGCAGAUCUCCAGCAAGCUGAGCGAGACGUCCGAGUGGAUGGAUGAGGAGGGCUACACUGCCUCCAACAAGCAGCUGAGGGAGCAACUGUCCCAGCUGAGGAGCCUGUGUAAGGACAUGUUCUUCAGGGUUGAGGAGCGCCGCAGGUGGCCCGAGCGCCUGGCCGCCCUGAACAGCAGACUCAACACCUCCAGCUUCUUCCUGAGGAGUGCCAAACUGAUUCCAGAGGAUGACCAGAUCUUCACUGAAGUUGAGCUGAAUUUGUUAGAAAAAGUAAUCAACGAAACAAUGGUAUGUGGGGAAUGUUUAAAUGUGUUCAUCACACUUUGGAGGAUGGUCGUCCUCCUCAUUUAUUUAGCUCAAAGUGGAAUAGAAAAAAGUUAAAGCUGUGUCGGUACAAGGCUUGUAUUUUCUAGUAUGGGGCAUAUGCUACAUUUCCCAUAAUGCACAUAUACAGGACUGUCUCAGAAAAUUA